CAUUUAUCGAUCUGUAUGCAUUUUCUUCGGUCACACUGGUUAUUCCAGCACGUUGUUUUGAAAAGUUUACCUGUGAAUGUUUUGAUUUUGGCCAUGUCCAACGCAUAUUUCGAUGAAUAUGAAAACUUGGAGAUCCACGAGCUCAUGCUAAAGGAUCGGCCACGACAAACAGCCUACUACAAUGCGAUACUCGGGAACAAGGCACUGUUCAAAGAUAAGGUCGUUAUGGAUGUGGGCGCCGGCACCGGAAUCCUAUCUGCCUUCUGUGCCCAGGCAGGGGCCCGUUUGGUGUACGCCGUGGAGGCUUCCAAUGUGGCCACCAAAGUUGCAUUGGACCUGAUCGAAGACAAUGGCCUGACAAACGUUGUUAAAGUCAUCCAGUCCCGGAUCGAGGAGUUCGUGCUGCCUGCCGAGGCGGAGAAGGUGGACAUCAUUGUUUCCGAGUGGAUGGGCUUUUACCUACUGCACGAGGGCAUGCUGGACUCAGUUCUGUUGGCCAGGGACAAGUUCCUUAAGGAGGACGGCCUUCUGUUUCCCAGCGAGUGCACCAUUUUUGUGGCACCCUGCGCGGUUCCAUCGCUCUUCGACGACUGGCACAGUGUGGACGGCAUUAAAAUGAACACAUUUGCCAACAAGUUGCGGUCGCAGAAGUCAUCCCGACCGGAGGUUAUGCAUUUGAAUCCGAAAGAUCUGCUCCACGAAGGCGUCGUUUUCCAUUGGAUGAGCCUACUGGAUGUGAAUGCCAGCGAUCUGGACAGCAUUCAGUUCAAGGAGGUGGUUACCGCCCAGAAGGCAGGUAACCACCAGGGAUUCUGCAUUUGGUUCGAGGUGCGCUUUCCGAGCGAUGACGAGUCCGAGUCUGUGGUUCUAAGCACAUCCCCGCUGUCCCCACAAACGCAUUGGAAACAGUGCGUGGUUGUGCUGCCCGAGGAAUCCUGCGAGAGCCUGGAGGAGAAGUCACCCAUUGCCUUUCAAAUAACAAUGAAACGCAGUGCGGGCGACAUGCGCAAGUACAACUUGGAAGUGGAUCUACUCGAUCCAAACACUGAGGAACAUCCCAUGCCCUGCCCAUGCCACAUGACCAAAUGCAUUCUGACAGAAGCACAUCUGAAGAUGAUGGACACUUCGUGAUCAUACU